CUGGCGCGUGACAGCUGAGCUCCCCUCCUUUCUCUCUCCUUCGCUUGCCCUCCCCGCCACGGGGUGGCGGCGGCGGCGGCGGUUGAACUUGAACCACCGGCGGUGGUGAAUGAGUGACGCCGCCCCCGGAGGCCGCUGUUCGGGCGGGGGGCCCGCUUCCCCGCCAGCCGCAGCCCCCGUGGGGCGGCCGAGCCACCCCGCCGCACCUUCGGCGUAGAGGCUCCCUCGCUUUCCUUCUCCCGCCGCCCUUUCCUCACAGGGAGCGGAGGGGGGAGGCGCGGAGGGUAGAGGCCAGGCCCCCGCUCGGCAUGUCCGCGGUCGCCCCGCAGCCACCACCGCUUCGGGGAGCCGAGAAGAGCGCGGGGGCCCGGCUGCCCGAAGAGAGCUGCCAGGAGCGGCUCCUGCUCCCUGCCGGCCAAGCCGUGAGCCCGGCGGCCCGCCAGAGCGGCUUCGCUGAGGAGCAACAGCAGCAGGACGAGGACGAGGACAGCAACAAGGAGCGACGGGGCCCUCGCCAGCCAAAGCCUCCCGUGCUCGAGCCCAAGGAGAACCCCUGGACCCGCUGGAAACCGCCCCCCGCUCCCGCCGGCAGCCUGUCCCCCUCCAACGCCUCCGCCGGCAGCGAGUUUGCCUUACAGGACCCGGAGUUACAGAGUUCUGCUAAAGUCAUAAAAGCAGGAAAACUGAAGAUAAAGAAACCUGUCAAGGCUAAUGAUUUCAGUGAUGCAACAAACUGGCCAACACCAAGUGAAACAGCAAACUCUGAAAAUAAAAAAGCUCCAAUCAAGGAGAAGGAAGAGAAGAAUGAAAGGAAAAAUAACAAAAUCAAGGAAAACCUGGAAAUAAAGCCGGAUAUUCCUGGAGAAAAUAAUAGCGAAGAUGAGGCUCAUGCUAAUAAUCAGAGGAAAAAAGUUUUGUGUUUUACACUUGAAGGUAACAAGCACAAAUGGGUGCCGCUUAAUUUAGAUGAUAUGAAAUCAGAUGGCCAAGAUAGACCAUGGUCUCGGAACAAUUCAAGAUCUCAACUGGAAACUAACAAGCUUAUUCCUCACAACAAUAGACGCAAAGAGUCAAGAACUAGCUGGCGACGAGACAGGGAAAAACGAGAUGAUCAUGAUGAAGUCUCUAGUGUGAGAAGUGAAGGUGCUAGUGUUCGAGGAUUUUACAAAGGAAGAGGAAGGGGCAGAGGAAGAGGACGUGGAAGAGGAAACCCUCGAAUGAAUCAUGAACAUUCAUAUGGUCACCGAGAACAGUAUGGUGAAAGGACUGAUCAGCCAUUUCAGCCAGAUCUUAACACUAGCAUGAUGUAUUACUAUGAUGAUGGAACAGGGAUGCAGAUGUAUUCUGUGGAUGAAACGCUGCUUAAAGAGUACAUUAAGCGCCAAAUUGAGUAUUAUUUCAGUGUGGAAAAUUUGGAAAGAGACUUCUUCUUGAGGAGAAAGAUGGAUCAGCAAGGAUUCUUACCUAUUUCUUUGAUUGCCAGCUUCCACCGUGUUCAGGCUCUCACUACAAAUGUUAAUCUAAUCUUAGAGGCCUUAAAAGACAGUACAGAAAUAGAAAUAGUAGAGCAGAAGAUGAGGAAGAGGAUAGAACCAGAAAAGUGGCCUAUUCCAGGCCCUUCUCCAAGGAGCCUUCCUCAAACAGACUUUUCGCAACUUAUUAAUUGUCCGGAGUUCAUACCAGGCAAAGCUUUUGGUUCACACACUGAAUCUGCUCCAAGCUCUCCAAGAAUGGGAAGUCAGAGUAUUAAGAAAAACACAGAAAUAAGUAAUCUUCAAACACUGUCUAAAGGAUUGUCUACCAGCUUGCCAGAUCUGGACUCUGGACCUUGGAUAGAAGUUAAAAAAAGACAUCGCCCAUCACCAGUUAAGCCAAAGGAACCUGUGCCUAUACUUGAGGAAAUGUCAGGUCAGCAGCAACCACUGCCACGAGAAGAACAAGAACAGGAGGAGCUUGACUUUUUGUUUGAUGAAGAGAUGGCACAAAUAGAAGGCCGCAAAAACACCUUUACAGAAUGGUCAGAUAGUGAUUCAGAUUAUGAAAUAGAUGAUCAGGACUUGAAUAAGAUUUUGAUUGUAACACAGACACCACCAUAUAUGAGAAAACAUCCUGGGGGAGAUCGCACGGGUAACCAUGUAUCUCGGGCAAAAAUCACAUCUGAACUUGCCAAAGUCAUUAAUGAUGGCUUAUACUACUAUGAACAGGAUUUGUGGAUGGAGCAGAGUGAGAAUGAUUCUCUUGCUUUGAAGGAAGUUGAAAACUUUAAGAAAUUAAAUCUUAUAAGUAAAGAAGAAUUUGACAAUCUCACCCCUGACCAUAUAAUUGAUCCAAAUCAAGAAGUCCCUCCAGGUCCUCCAACAUCUCAACAAGAUUUAACUGAGGAGAUGGCUUGUAAGUUGUUUGGGAUUCAAGAUGUACCUCCAACAACAGCUCGCUCACUGCCCACCGCUGUCCCUGAAUCUCCUAGAAUCUGUCCUUCCAGAACACCAAAAACUCCUCGUACACCAAGACUACAAGAUCCCAACAAAACACCUAGAUUCUAUCCUGUGGUUAAAGAAUCAAGAUCCAUUGAUGCGAAGACACGAAGGAAAAGAAAAACACGUCACAGUACAAACCCUCCACUAGAAAGUCAUGUUGGCUGGGUAAUGGAUUCCAAGGAUCACAGGCCAAGAACAUCUUCUAUAAGCAGUUUAAAUGCAUCACCCUCUGAAGGUGCACCACUAUCUGGAAGCUAUGGAUAUACCCCUCAUUCACUUCCCAAAUUUCAGCACCCUUCUCAUGAACUUCUAAAAGAAAAUGGAUUUACACAGCAAGUAUACCACAAGUAUCGCCGUAGAUGCCUAAAUGAAAGGAAACGGUUGGGAAUUGGUCAGUCUCAAGAAAUGAACACACUUUUUCGCUUCUGGUCUUUUUUCCUUAGAGACCAUUUUAAUAAGAAAAUGUAUGAGGAGUUCAGACAACUUGCUCUAGAUGAUGCAAAAGAACACUACAGAUAUGGUCUGGAAUGUUUGUUCCGGUUUUACAGCUAUGGAUUGGAGAAAAAAUUCAGGCAAGAGAUCUUCAGAGAUUUCCAAGAAGAAACUAAAAGAGACUAUGAAUCUGGUCAGCUAUAUGGACUUGAAAAAUUUUGGGCCUAUCUAAAAUAUUCACAAUCUAAGACUCCACCUGUUGAUGCCAAACUUCAGGAAUAUCUCUGUAACUUUAAAAGAUUGGAAGACUUCAGAGUUGAUCCUCCUAUUGGUGAAGAAUUGGGGAGGAAAAGGCAUUCAACUGGUGAGGAGAAUGAUCAUCAUCGACAUCAGACCAAUUCUUCCAAAAUCCUUGCUGGUAAUUCCACAGCUGCCUCUCAGGCUCGAGUCCCAAUAAACUUUCCCACUGCAAAUACUGUACAGGAGUUGAGUAACAGCAUAUACCAGAACAAUACUGCCACAAAAUCAAGAAGUGACAUAGCUGAGCAAUAGACUCUCAGUAAGCUUGAACCUUGAGAUCAACUCCUAAUGCCAGUAUUUUAGCUCAAAGAUCUUCAGGGAGAGCUAUUUUAAAGCUUGAUUAAAACAAAUGUAUAGGAAAACAAAGGAUUGCAUUUGCUUUCUCACAGAAUUAAGUACUUGCCCCUAAUCAAUUGUACUGGGCUUUGGGAUCAUCUAAGAGAACCUAAGGAAAUAUCUUGGUCUUAGUGGUGCUUUUCCUGACCUACUGUUUACAGAAACUCCAUUCCAGUACAAUACACACAGAUAUUUGGGAUGCCUUACAUUUCAGCUCAUACUUCUUCAAGAAGUUAUGAGGUACUUUUGCAAUGUAAAGCCUUUUCUUUUCAUUCGAAGUUUCCAUUAUUUUUACUUGUAAAAUCCAAAAAGAGAGGACAUAUUUUUUAAAAUAUAGAGAGGAUUUAAUUUGGUAAAUGCAUAUAUAACUACAUCUCUUUUGUUUUUGUAACAUGCACACUCCACAAUGUAUAGGAUUGUGCACAUUUCUUGGGUGAUGAAUUCCAUUCAGUUAUUUUGCUGUCUGGUUUUUUUAUUUUCAGGACCUCUUUAAUUUUGGGCUGCGUGGGGAGUUUUGCAUUAUGCAUCAGUCUAUUUGGUUUGCAGGAAGUUUUCUUUUAUGCUGGUUCUUAUUUGUACUUGAGCAAAAUAGAUUAGAGGGAAAGGGUAAAUUAUAACUGCAUUGUCACAAAUUUAAUAAAUUACUGUUUGAGAAGGCAAAUAAAAUGGUAGAUAGCUCUCUAAUCACCCUCCAGUUAACAGGGGUACUUGCAUUUUCCAUUCAAUUUCUCUUUUCCAUAUAAGUAACUCAUACUGCAAGAAGGAUAAUUUUAAAGUAUAUAAUUAUAAUUUUAAUAUUUGACACAGUUUCAAAUGGAAUUUUUAAAAAUCUAGCACUCUUAUAAAAAAUGUCAGUGCCAGAAUGAGUGUGAAUGAAGCUAAAUAUUAUCAUCUGCUAUCCAAGACCAACUGACUUUAAAUUGGUCAAGACAUCACUUUCCUUAAAUGUAAAUCUUUCAAAAAGUUUGUGUUGGGGGGUGGAAGAUAACUGGAUAUAUCACCUGUAAUUUCUUAAUAGUUUCAGUUAUUGAGAUUUUAAAAUGCUUAGACUAAGGAAAUGGAAUGCCUCCAUAACACCGAAGGAGCAGUAGGAAUAGUUGUAUUUGUACUGUAUACAGCAAGCCAGUGAAAAAUAGCAACCUUCAGGUAACUUUCUACAAUCCUAACACUGUUUGCCUUACUGGGAGAGAGCCUAAGUGACCCAACAUUAAUUUUAAUGAAUUUCUAUGGCAGAUAUAGUUGCAAUCCAUUACAUUUUUCUGUGAUGCUGCCUUGUGUAACUGAACAAUUAUGAAUCUGUGCAUAUUUGCAUUUGAGUGUCUGGAUUUCCCAGUAAUUUAUACACUCACAUUAGCCUUUUAGAACGGCUCUGUUUUGAAAUUAAACUAGGAAUUAAUGACACACAUUUUAUAUAGCAUCUUUUCUGAAGUUAUACAUCUCAAACCUGUGUUCAGUCUAUGCCACCUCCUCUGUGAAAAUGAUGCAAUUGUAAAUUUGGAUUUGAACUGUAUAUAAAAGAAAUAUAUUUACUUUCAUUUCUUUGAAUGAAAUGUGUUGCAUAUUUAGCAUUUAGUAUGUAUAAUUUGUGGUAUAUUUGCAGAUUUUAUAAAAACACAAAAAUCAUGUAGUGUAUGGUUUUUAAGAAAUUUUC